UGAGACCCGGGCCCCCACCGCAUCCUGUUGCAGCCCUGCCAGAGAAGGAAGCAGAAUCUGGGGUCCGGUGUGACCCGCCCGUCCCGCCCGGGGGUGAAGCAAGGCCUUCCCUACCUCCUGCCCCAGCAGAUAAAGGCGGCCCCGCCCGCCAGCCGCGAGCUCCUAGGCAUCCCUCCGCGCCCCGCCCGCCAUGUGCCGCCGCUGCGCGCUGCUCACCUGGGCCCUCUUCGCUCUCCUCGGCCUCGGCCUCGGGGCGCCUGGAGAAGAAGCCCCAGGCUCCUGCUGCCCCAUAGUGCCCCGGAGGGAAUGGAAGGCCCCCGCGUCCAAGUGCGGGGAGAAGCUACAACACCCCGUGCGCUACGUGGUGGUGUCGCACACCGCGGGCAGCCACUGCGACAGCCCGGCCUCGUGCCUGAAGCAGGUGCAGAACCUGCAUACCUACCAUUCGAGGACGCUGAACUGGUGUGACGUGGGCUACAACUUCCUGAUUGGAGAAGAUGGGCUCGUGUAUGAGGGCCGGGGCUGGGACAUCAAGGGCGACCACACGGGUGUCACCUGGAACCCCAUGUCCAUUGGCAUCUCCUUCAUGGAGCGGUCACCCCCACCCCGGGCCCUCAGGGCUGCCCAGAGUCUGCUGGCUUGCGGUGUGGCUCAGGGAGCCCUGAGCCCCACAUACGAGGUCAAAGGACACCGGGAUGUGCAGAGGACGCUCUCUCCAGGGGACCAACUCUAUGAAAUCAUCCGGACUUGGCCGCACUACCACGAGUGAGGCCCCGUCUCCCCCUACACCCAGAAACCCCACCGCCUCUCCCCUCCAAUAAAGAUGCAGCUCAAACUGUGUUCCUGUGUCCCACCCUGUGCCCCCCUCUCCCUCUCUACCUCCCACCAGACCCCCGCCCUUCCCACCCAGCCCUCUGUCCUCGCUGGUGCUUAGAACCCAGAGGCCCCGACCCUGAACCAAGACCCGAGAUCCCAGCUUAGAAGCAACAUCAUAGC